GUAUGCUCUUGGCAGCUACCAUUGUCUUUCUUGCUCUGGUCAGAAGUAGAAGAUUCCAGCUAGCCAUUGGUACCCAAUACACAUGGGCGCUUCUAGAAACAGACUUGGUCUGGAUGAUAGGAACAGGUCUAUUAGCUGUUGGGAUUAUUCUUGUCAUAUCUAGUUUCUUUGCUUUGGGAUUCUACGGAACAUAUCUAGGUGAUUAUUUUGGUAUUUUGAUGGAGGAGAAAGUGACAUGUUUCCCAUUCAACAUUGUUGGUGAUCCUAUGUACUGGGGUUCUGUGCUGGAACAUCUUGGGAUAGCUCUUCAGUCUGCAAGUCCAUCAGGUCUCUUUUUAACAGCUGUCGUUGCGAGCAUGUACAUCAUAGCAAUGCAGUUCGAAGGACCUUUUACAUCAAAGAUAUAUGCAGAGAAGGCAUUGGAGGAAAGCAAGAAAACCAAAUAAUCUUUGCCAUUUUAUGUUCAUUAAAAACUAAUUAGUUCCUUCAGUAAACUGCAUAACAAAAAACAUGAUCUGUAAAGACAAUAUCCCUUUUUCAGAAGCUUUGAAUUAAUUUUUUUAGCUGUCAGAGGAUUUCAAUAUAUAGGUCUACCAUUUUGUGCAAUUGUUAUAUCAAUGCACCCAAUUUACAUUUGAAUAGAUAGAUGAUGGUUCUAGGUGUAAUUUUAUAGGACUAUUUCAAAUUACAAAUAUUCUCCCCAAAAUAUACCUCUGAAGUAUCUGAGCAUUUACCUACAUUUGCAGUCUUUGAUUUAAGGUAUUUAUAAAGAACAACCAGCUGUAUAUAAACAUCAAAUUAAUGAUGUACAUAUAAACUGUUUUAUUCAACAUCUCUUUUCUACUGAAUACUUUCUGUAUAUCACAAACAAGGAACCAAGCCAAUUCUUGCAUUUCACAAUACAUGUGCCCCCAACGUUCGUACCAUGAAAAGCACCCGCGGGUCACAGACAAUUUCUUUGAAGUAUGAGAAUAACAUUCUGCAGCUUCACAAUAGAAGACCAUGAUGACAAUGCCAGCAGUAGCUGGUGGGGCGGGCUCCCGGUGAUGUUUCACCAGCGUAAUAGCGAGCUGAUUUGUCUAGAAAGUUGUCGACCCAUCUCCCUAAAUUACCGCGGUAGAGUAACUGUCGCAACUGAACCGAAUGAGGGCGCAAGGAUUGUGAAACGCGAGAAUUCAUGGUUGUUUUUAUUCUUCUGAGAUUUAUAGUACUUGUUUUCCACUCAACAGAACCAUUUAUAAGAAAAAACAUAUGCCAUGGUUUUCUAAACAACUAAAAAGGAUGUGCUCAAGAAUUAUGAGAAGUACUUUAAAAAACCUAAAGAAUACAAAAAAUAAUGUUACAACAAGAUCUGUAAUUUUCACACAAACCAUAUAUAUGUAAUGCCAGAAAAUAAAUGCUAGUCUUUCAAAAUUUCCUUUAAAGGAAGCAUGACUAAAACUUGGAGAACUAUUAAAGUUGUUCUUCAAAGAAGGAAAUAUAAGAAAAGUGCCUUUGUUUUUUAGUACAACAGUUCAAUUAUAAGUGAUUCUAAAGAACUUGCUGAGAGGUUUACCAGUAAUGAUUAUUUUAAAGAUCUAUUUUUUUUUAGCAACAUUCCUGAAAUUGGAUAUUCUCCCAAUUUCAUUAUUACAUGAUUUUCAAUUUUGUGUUUUUAUGUUUCAUAUCAUCAAAUUACCUGUUACCAAUUUUUUGUUAAUAUCUUUCAGAGCAACAAAGAUAUUUGUAGAUAUAGUACCAGGAUUUCAACAAACACUUGUGUAAUGUAUGCCAUUUAUCUUUUCCAAUUAUAU